UUCAUGCCAAACAACACAAACGGAGAAAGUGGUGAAAACAACACUGCAACUUCUUCUCUCUUCUUCUUCUUCUCAUGCAAUCAUCAAGUAUAGACCCAAUUUUGUUCAACACCAACUUCUCCGCAAUGCUCAAGAUCAUCAACACCAGGCUGCGCCGCCUCUGCUCCCGUCUCCGGUGGCCGCUCCGGGGCCGGUCCAGGCCUAGAGUUGUGAUCAAAACACUGGGAAAAUCUAGCUCAAAAUCUCAUUUUGAUGCUAAACGUGAGGCUGCUGCUAAUGGGUCUGCCGUGGUUCAUCCAAACGGGCAGUUGGGGGCCGAAAAACCCAACAAAACUAUCCGAAUUGCGACUUUCAAUGCUGCCUUGUUCUCCAUGGCGCCUGCAGUUCCCAGAGCUGAGAAAGGAGAGAAUUUUGGGAAUGGAAAUGUGGAAGGUUUGAAGGGAAAGAGGUCUGUGGAUAUGAAUUUCCGGACGAAGUCUGUGAAUGAGAGACCGAAAAGUAUUCUAAAGCAGUCUCCUCUGCAUCCGAAUUCCAUGAUCCUUCCAGAGAAUCUUUCCAAGCAACAGAAGUUUGCAAAAUCCAAGCCACGGGUCUCGAUCAAUUUGCCUGACAAUGAGAUUUCCCUGGGGAGAAAUCGAAAAUUGAGCUUUGUGGAGGAAAAGGAAGGGUCAUCAAGCAGCACCAUAGGUAGAAUUUUGAGAGGAAAAGCUCCAUUGAGAUCCACAGUGAGCUUCCCAGCAAGCUUGGAAAAGGUUACAGAAGGAGAGGCCUACAGAAGCCGCAGAACAGUUGUUGAGGUGUUGAGAGAGUUGGAUGCUGAUAUAUUGGCUCUGCAAGAUGUGAAAGCAGAGGAAGAAAAGGCCAUGAAACCUUUGUCAGAUUUGGCUGCUGCUUUGGGGAUGAAUUAUGUCUUUGCAGAGAGCUGGGCUCCCGAGUACGGCAAUGCCAUCCUGUCGAAGUGGCCGAUCAAGCGAUGGAAAGUUCAGAAGAUCUUUGAUGACACUGAUUUCAGGAAUGUUUUGAAGGCUACCAUAGAUGUUCCCCAGGCAGGAGAAGUGAACUUCCAUUGCACCCACCUUGAUCAUCUCGACGAGAACUGGAGGAUGAAACAGAUAAACUCUAUAAUCCAAUCCAAUGAAGGACCCCACAUCUUAGCUGGGGGCCUAAAUUCUCUGGAUGAAACAGAUUACUCAUCAGAAAGAUGGACAGACAUUGUAAAGUACUAUGAGGAGAUGGGAAAGCCGACACCAAAGGUGGAGGUGAUGAAGUUCUUGAAGAGUAAACAGUACACUGAUGCUAAGGACUUUGCGGGCGAAUGCGAGUCAGUAGUGAUGAUAGCCAAAGGCCAAAGCGUGCAGGGCACUUGCAAGUAUGGAACUAGGGUAGACUACGUAUUGGCAUCACCAAGCUCACCAUACAAGUUUGUUCCUGGAUCAUACUCUGUCUUCUCUUCAAAAGGGACCUCUGAUCAUCACAUUGUGAAGGUGGACAUAGCAAAAGUAGAGAGCAUUGGCCAAGAAAAUGGUGCUAGAAAGAGGAGAAAACAGAAACAGAAGGUCGUAAAGAUAACAGACAGCUCAUCAAAAGGUAUAUGGACAGCACAGGCUUGAGCUAUAGAUAGAUUGACUCCUUUCCUUUCUUUUUUUUCCUUAAGGAUAGAGUUGAUAUGGCUUUUGUUGAAGUUAUAGAAGGAGCAUAUGAUUUUGGACCUGCUUCCUUCAUGCUCUCUGUAAAUGAUAAUAUGUGUUCAUAGGAGGAAUAAAUUCAGAAAGAGAUAAGAGAUUUGGUGUGGGGCUUGUUAACUUUUUGUCUGUUUUUCUGAGUGUAACCCUGAUACAUUUUGUAGUGUAUUUUCUCACCCAAAAGGUCCAAAACCAGACUACUUCAAUAGUUACUCAGUAUAUACAAAGGGCUGCUUUGUUCUUGUUUUUGUUUUUA